AUGAACUUUAUACAAGUUCGUCGCUUCAGCACGAAGUCUCUAAUUCCGCCUGCCCUCUCUGUGAAGCAGGCGGGAACCUCGGCCAUACAGGGUGCGAGGUUCGCUAAAUUGGUAGACUUCUACCAAAAGAUCCCGAAAGGACCCAGAGUCGAUCCCGUGCCGACUAGUCUGGCCGGAAAGUAUAAGGCCAAAUACUUUGAAACUGGGUCUGCAGCGCCCAUUUUGCAUGUUAUUUUGGCUCUCGGACUUGUAGGAUACACCAUCGAUUACAAUUUGCACUUAAAACAUCAUAAAAGUAAAAAGCAUCAUUAA